GGGAGACCAGAUAUAGUGAAUGCAGGGUCCGGGGAGAGCGGAUAUAGUGAAUGCAGGGUCCGGGGAGAGCGGAUAUAGUGAAUGCAGGGUCCGGGGAGAUCAGAUAUAGUGAAUGCGGGGUCCGGGGAGAGACCGGAUAUAGUGAAUGCAGGGUCCGGGGAGAGCAGAUAUAGUGAAUGCAGGGGUCCAGGGAGAGCGGAUAUAGUGAAUGCGGGGUCCGGGGAGAGCGGAUAUAGUGAAUGCAGGGUCCGGGGAGAGAGGGAUAUAGUGAAUGCAGGGUCCAGGGAGAGCGGAUAUAGUGAAUGCAGGGUCCGGGGAGAGCAGAUAUAGUGAAUGCAGGGUCCGGGGAGAGCAGAUAUAGUGAAUGCGGGGUCCGGGGAGAGCGGAUAUAGUGAAUGCGGGGUCCGGGGAGAGCGGAUAUAGUGAAUGCAGGGUCCGGGGAGAGCAGAUAUAGUGAAUGCAGGGUCCGGGGAGACCAGAUAUAGUGAAUGCGGGGUCCGGGGAGAGCGGAUAUAGUGAAUGCAGGGUCCGGGG